CGCCGCCCGGCUUCGCCCGUUCCGACACCGUUUUCAGCGUCAGCGGUAACUCCUUGAACCACUUGGCUGCCAUGGGGGGCGCCCGGCCGGGGAGCGUCGUGGCCCCUCCAGAGACCGAGCCGGCGAGCAAGUUCUGGGGAGCUCUGUGAAAAGAAAGUGGGUGCGAGGAGGCCGAGAAGUCUGGUGAUUCCUUCAAAAAGAAUUAAAGAACUGCAAACAUGUCUGUGAGCAGUGGUGAACACCGACCUUUUACUAAGUACCCCAAGAAGAAUGGGAAGUCAGAACAGCAUAAAACCUUGGGACACAGGAAGAAAGAAUCAGAGGUAUAUGUUGGAAAUCUUCCAUUGGACACCAAGGAGGAGGACAUUCUAUCCCUUCUGAAGGACUUUGGCCCACUCCGUGUCCAGAAAGUCCAGAAUGGCUGCAAAUGCUUUGCAUUUGUUGACCUGGCCUCUGCAGAGAAUGUGCACCUUGCAGUCAAGCAGCUGAAUGGACAGAUGUUUCAUAACCGGAAGUUGUACCUGAACUCAAACAACUGGAUCCCCAAGCAGAGCUUAGACUCCACGAAGGGCAACACAGAGUUACCGGCUUUGGAGAAUGUUCCCUUUGAAGACAAAGCUAACGUGAUUUUUGGUGAAGAAGAGGAAGCUACCAAGACUCCUGUGCCUGCCAGCCAGACCCCUCGAGCACCUGUUUCCCCUAAUGUAACUGAAAGACCAAGGACAGCCUCCUAUGCUGUUCCCAUGGAGAUGAGAGGAUCCUUCUUGGUGUUUCUUCUACGGGAAUGUUUCCAAGACCUCAGCUGGCUGGGCAUCAUCCGCAGCAUCCGAGGGGAAGUGGGGCUGCUGGUAACGGACACAAUUCCCCAAACACCAUUCUUCUGGGCCAUACACCUCACUGAGGAAGCUCAUAUGAACAUGGAGAAGCUGUUCUAUGCCCUGGCAGAAGUGGAGGAGCAGCAGCCUUACCUGGCGGAGGCAGAGGUUCAGCGUGGGAUCCGCUGCUUGGGAGAAUGCCACUUGGGGGACGACGAUGGUGGGGCUUGGAACAGGUGCUGGGUGUUGGACCGAAUAGGUGACUGGGCUGUGGUGUUCUUCAUUGAUUUUGGCUGCUCAGCCACUCUCCCUGUGCAGUCUCUGCGAAGCCUGGACAGUGAUGAUUUCUGGGCCAUCCCGCCUCUGACUCAGCCCUUUAUGCUAGAAAAAGAAAUUCUCACUUCCAAGAAAGCUAUUCGUCAAGUCAUGAAGGGAAAAAUCACUGGCUGCUUGAGCAUGGAGUCUCACAUCCUGAAGUUUGAAGAAAUGAAAUGACAAACCUGCUCAUUCAUUUUUGGUUCCCAUUUCACCCCCACCCCAGUUUCCUAGAUAAUAUCAAACUCCACCCAUUUUGCUUGUAGCCAUUUUGUUUCAUCCCUUCCUAUUGGAUCACUUUUACUCCUAUAUUCCCAGGAUAAGUUUGGGAUUAGAUUUGAUCAGAUUCCAGUUCCCAGGGCUCUGGACCCCAGCACAAAACAUGGAAAUCCUAGGAAAAGAGUAGUUAGAAAGCUUUCCAUUUGCCCUGGUGCUCUUCUAAGAAAUUAGCUGUAUGUGAAGGGCAGUUUAAACUUAACAUAGGACCUCUUGAUUUAUGGUAAGAGCCUGAGUUGGCCCAUAUAUUUUUUUUCUUUUUGUAGCCCUUCUGCCAUGCUCCAGGAACAGGGAAUAAAUUGCCUUUGCAGAUUUGUUGGAUGGAGGGUAUUGUUGCAUUAAUAUCAUGUCUGAUAUUAUGUAUGAAAUCAUUUUAGGUGGAAGGUAUUGACCCAAGGUUUGUCUCCCUAUCUGGUGAGAGUUACUGGGAGCCAAA